CCCCAAUAUCUUCUCCAAACUUUUCCGCUCCCAGCUCCACUCCAAAUUCCGCCGGACACUCAGAAUGGUUCCAAAGGAAGAGCUCAGUUUCCAUCCCCAAAUUCCCGACAGAACUCAGCACCAGAAGAAGGAAGGAGGAUUCGAGACGCCGCCCACCCUCCCGUUCUUCUUCCGUCUCACCCGCGAGCAGGAGGAAGCCAUCAUCGUCUCCGCCCUCGUCCGUGUCCUCUCCGGCCACUCCACCCCAACACCCGACCUGCUGCGCCCCGAGACAUGCCGACUUUGCGGCAUCGACGGCUGCCUGGGCUGCGACUUCUUCGCGUCGGUGGAAGAGGCAACGACGACGGCGGUGCGAGCGGAGGCCGAGGCGGCGGGCGGCGGGCCGAGGAGGAGGAGGAAGAAUAAGAACAAGUACAGGGGAGUGAGGCAGAGGCCGUGGGGGAAAUGGGCGGCGGAGAUUCGAGAUCCAAGGCGGGCGGUGCGCAAGUGGCUCGGCACGUUCGACACGGCCGAGGAGGCGGCGCGGGCCUACGACCUCGCUGCGAUCGAGUUCCGAGGGGCCCGGGCGAAGCUCAAUUUCCCAUUCCCGGAGCCAAUGCCGGAUGAUGAAGCGACUGCCCGUGACAGUCCCCAGACGAGUACUGCUUCGCCCUCAAGUCACCACCAAGUCCACCACCACCAGCAGCAGCAGCAGCAGCAGCAGGAAGGAAAGGGGAUGGAGGAAUUGUGGGAUGGGCUGCAGGAUUUGAUGGCACUGGAUGAUGGAGAUCUCUGGAGUGAUAUCGGAGCCGUACGUCCGCCUUAUUCAAGUACCAGUCGUUGGUUUUGAUGACGCUAAUUGUUUGUUUAUAGACUUGGGUAGUAUCAUGAUUAGGGAACAAAUUUUAAUGUGUGCGGAAAAUCCAGAAUCUUUUUAUCAAGUUCUGGGUUUAAUUUACUUUUCUAUGAAGCGAAUAAAGCUUAAUUGGAAAGGUAUCGGAAGCAUUCGCGUGUUUUU